CAAAUUUAUAGUCAACACGCAGUCCGUCCGCUGGUGAAUUGGGGCAGUCCGUUGACUUUUUGUAUUUUUCUCCCGCGGAUUAUUGUUUUAAUGUUACAUAACCGAUCCGGUAAAUCUCUUGAAUUCUUCCUCUAGUAUGCGAAAAUGUUCUCAGGUGGUUUAAACAUCGAGGUUUUUAAUUGCUAAUAUCAGACCGGUUCCCAUUCAUUGAGCACAUUUUCAUGUGAGUUGGUUGGAAAAGCGUCACUUUUGUGUGUUACUGGAAGCGUGUGCCAUUAACAAAGGCUGGAUUUCCUCUUAAAAUUGUCGUAGAUUAUCACGACCAUUUUUAAAAAAAUGUUUGGGUCACUGUCCUCAUGUCUGAGUUUAUUGCCGAUGAAUACUGAUUUAAAACUUUGUAAUUACAUGGUUUCUGGCUUUCUUUUCCCUCCUUUUUGAGUCUCAAAGAGGACAAAUCGGAGACGAAGAUAAAGAAAGAUGCCGCUUCUCCACAGAAAGCCUUUUGUCAGACAGAAGCCCCCAGCGGACCUCAAACCAGAUGAAGAAGUGUUUCUUUGCAAAGUCACACAUGAAAUCUUCAGGACAUACGAUGACUUCUUUGAGAGGACCAUCCUGUGCAACAGCCUGGUGUGGAGCUGUGCAGUGACGGGCAAGCCUGGCCUGACCUACCUGGAAGCUCUGGACUGUGAGAAGAGAGGUCGUCAGAGCCUCCAGAGCUUCCCCUCAGCCCUGGUGGUCCCCCUGCUGCACCUCACAGCCCUCACAUACCGUACCCGGCUCCAUGAGAUCUGUGAUGAUGUGUAUUCUUACGUCAAGGAGAGGUUCUUCCCUGGGGAGAUUGUGGACGUUGUGACCCGCUCCGGUACCAGCUCUGCUACACGAAGUGGAAGAAGUAUAAGUGCCCUGACUUCUGCAGAGGCUGUAUCGCCGCAGCUAUGUGAAAUCUUGGAUGUGCAGUCUCCCCACCAUUCCAACGGGCCGGUCAAUGGGCAUGCCAAACUUCAGAUGGAGGGGGACUUCAUCGUCAUCAGUGACAGUGAGGAGGACACUCCUAAAAGCCCCAAAUCAAAGGCCAAUGGCAAGACAAAGAAAUCUGUCAACCCGUCUGUGUUCAAGUACAAAGUACGGCCCAUCAAGGAAGGCAGUGUUCCCAUAUUCACCAAGGCUGGUCAGAUGAGCCGUAAGAAGAACACGUUUUCACGAGACAGACUAAAGCUGCUGCUCAAACAGCACUGUGAACCACAGAACGGAGUCGUUAUGAUCAAGGCAUCAACUGUUGCUAAGUACAAGUUGGCAGAACAGCACUUCUCCCAGUUUUUCCCUGACCAGCCGCCUGUGUUUGUCUUCAGUCCUCCUCCUAAAGGGCGGAGCAGGCCCAAGAAUGAUUCUUCUCCUCGAGAGGCAGCGGAGGAAAAGCUUCGUCUGAUGCAGCAGAAAGAGGAGAUGAUAGCUACGGCACAUGAAAAUGCCAAUCGGGAGAGGGAAGAUGACCUGGGGGCCAAAAAGAAAGAGAAGGAGGACAAAGAAAAGAAGAGGGAAGCGAUGAAAAAGAUGUUUGAAGAGGAGAAGCAGAGGAGAAAAGAUGAGAAAGAACGCAUGAAAGUGGAAAAGGAAAAAGAGAGAGAGAAGCUGAAGGAGGAGAAGAAGAAAUAUGCAGAGAGACUAAAGAUCUGGAGCAAACCCAGAGAAGACAUGGAGUGUGACGACCUGAAGGAUCUCCCAGCCCCAGUGCCGGUGGAGACCCGUCUGCCUGCAGAGCUGUUCGGAGAUGCUCUCAUGGUGCUGGAGUUCCUCAAAGCCUUCGGAGAGAUCUUUGACCUCAAGGACGAGUUCCCAGAAGGCCUCACACUCGAGGUUCUGGAGGAGGCCCUGGUGGGGUCAGACCCAGAGGGGCCACUCUGUGAGCUGCUCUUCUUCUUCCUCUCGGCCAUCUUCCAGGCCCUGGCUGAGGAGCAGGAGGAGGUGGCCCGCGACCAGGUGGCUGAGGUUGACGCCAAAGAUCUGAGUGAGGCUCUGGAUGAUGAUGCGGACCCCACCCAGUCUGCCAUCAGUGCUGUGGCUUCCCUGGCUGCUGCCUGGCCUCAGCUCUACCAAGGCUGCAGUCUGAAGCAGUUGGACCUGGACAGCUGUACACUGUCAGAGAUCCUGAGGCUGCACAUCCUGGCAUCGGGGGCCGACUGCAACUCUGCCAACGCCAAAUUCCGCUACCAGAAACGUGGAGGAUUCGGCUCUACAGACGACCCCUGUGUUGAGCUAAGGCUGGCCAACCCUGGGUUGCUCAAGAGGCUGUCCUGCACUGCUGUCUACGACCUGCUGCCAGGUGAGAAGCUGAAGAUCCUCCAUGCGUUGUGUGGUAAGCUGCUGACUCUAGUGUCUACCAGGGACUUCAUAGAGGACAGCGCUGACGAGCAGAGACAGGCCAAGCAGGAGCUCAGGGAACUGAAGGCUGAGCAGCACCGCAGAGAGAGGGAAGAGGCUGCAAUCAGAGUACGGAAGAGGAAGGAGGAGAAGUUAAAAGAACAGGAGAUGAAAUUGAAAGAGCUGAAAGAGAAACAUGAAAAGCUGAUGGAAGGAAGAAACGGGGACAUGAACACUGAAGAGAUGAACACCAGCACUGAGAGCCUGAAGGAGGAACAUCAGACUGAAGAUGAGGAGGAGCAGGCGAUCAACAGGACUAGGAAGAUGAUGGGCAGCAAUCUCCAGGAGAAGCAGCCUAAAGAGGUGAGCGCUGAGCAGCAGCUGAGAGAGAAGGAUCUCCAGGAGCGCAUCCAGAAGGUUGCAGCCUGCACUUAUAUCCUCCCCCUGGGGCGUGACCGUCUAUACCGUCGUUACUGGCUCUUCCCCUCCACAUCUGCCCUCUUCGUGGAAGAUGACUAUUUCGGCCUGACUGAGGACAUGCUGGAUCCCCAGGAACCGACCUCUGAACAGGAGUCAGCCAAGGCUGAGGAGAUGGAGGUGUCUCAGAACGAGGCCGGACAACCAGAGGACCUCUCUCAGACAGGCUCUACCCCAGACCCUGACUCCAAACCCAUCAUCCCAGCCCCCGUCCAGAGCAGCUCUGCUCCCCCAGUGAAUCGUCCUAACCACUGGGCCUUCUACAGCAGUCCCCAGGAGGUGGAGGCACUGAUCGAGGCCCUGAAUCCACGGGGUCACAGGGAGAGCACCCUGAAGGAGGUCCUGGUGCAGGAGAAGGAACGUAUUGCACAGCUCCUCUGUACAGCAACCGCUGACCGCUACCACCAGACAGAUAUUAAACCAGAGGCUGGUGUUAACAAAGCUGUCUCAGCCAAGUCCAAGGCUGCUUCUGCUCUUCUCCCAGAGGGCACAGCGGCUCCUGCUGAAGACUUCAUGUGCAACAGGCUGAGAGACCUGCUGCUAGAUAUAGAGGACCGCAUCUACCAGGGUACACUGGGACAAGUCAAGGUGAUGGAGAGGAGUGUAUGGAGGAAAGCACUGGAGGAAGGCCACUAUGAACUACUGACCCCUGAGCUGAAGGAGAAUGGUGUCACUAAAAGAGAAAACUGUGACCUGGAGAACAUGGAAAUACAUUACUUGAAAAAAGACAGGUUACAGGUGUCAUUGUUCAGGCUACAGGAACUGAAGGGGGAGAGUAUGACCACAACGUCCACCAGCCCCAACACCCCUCAGAUGGUCAACAACACUGUCCACUACCUGGCUCAGGCCCUGGCCCACAUCCAACAGGGAAUUGAGAGAAAGUUCCUCAAGGCUCCACUGGGCGAUGAAGAUUCUAAAAAGGACCAGAAGGCAAAGAAGAAGGAGAAGAAAGAUGAGGAUCAACACAGUGAAGACGGUAGUGACAGUGGUCGGUUGGUGAAGACGGUCCAGGAGCGUUGGAGGGAGUCUCUGCUGGGUUGUUCCAGUAUGUCCCAGGUCUUCCUCCACCUCUCCACCCUGGAGCGCAGUGUCAUUUGGGCCAAGUCCCUGCUCAACGCCCGCUGUAAGGUCUGUCGCAGGAAGGGAGAUGCAGAGAACAUGCUGCUGUGUGACUGCUGCGACCGAGGACACCACAUCCACUGUGUCCGCCCGAAACUCAAGGCCGUCCCAGAAGGGGACUGGUUCUGCCCGGAGUGCCGUCCCAAACAGCGAGCCAAUCGCCUCCCCUCCCGCCAACGGUCCUCUGUCAACUCUGAGGAAUUGGAGGAAGAAGACUCUGGGGAGGAGACGAUGGAAGAGGAGAAGAGUGCCGCUAAAAAGGUCCGGACUGCUGUGAAACCUCCUGUGCCUACUACCAAAGGAAGUCGGUCGAGCAGGACCAACUCAAGUCAUUCCACCCCCCGGAGCCAGCAGACAACCCCCAAACAGGCCCCCUCAGCUGGGAAGGGAGCUGCUUCCAGGUCCUCAGGGAAGAAGCCCACCCCAGUCUCCAAUAAGCCCACCCCAGUCUCCAAUAAGCCCACCCCAGUCUCCAAUGGCAGACCUCCACCACGGCCAGGCAGCAGAGUCAGCUCCCGGCUCAGUCAUGAGAUAUUGGCAACCAACGGUACCUCCAGCAGGCCAGGCAGCCAGCCCACUCCAUCUCUGUCUCUGGCAGACUCCCGUAAAAGACCAAUCUCAGAGGUCUCCCACAAACCCAGGCUGGUCCUGACUCCCUCAGUCUCAGGUUCUUCUUCCAAUCGUCGCAGCUCAGGGAGGAACCUAGGAGUCCAUGAGCUGUCUGCCUGCGAGCAGCUGACUGUAGAGCUAGUCAGGCAUGAAGACAGCUGGCCCUUCAUGAAACUGGUGUCUAGGACACAGGUUCCAGACUACUUUGACAUUAUCAAAAAGCCCAUUGCGCUGAGCACUAUCCGAGAAAAGGUUAACAACUGUGCAUAUAAAACAGCCACGGCGUACGUUGAGGACGUGGAGCUUAUGUUCGCCAACUGUUUACAAUACAACCCUCAGCACACAAAUGAAGCUAAAGCAGGAACAAGGCUCCAAGCCUUCUUCAACUCAGAGAUCUUUAACCUGGGGCUGGCGGACCGGACCACUCCUCCACUGAAGCGGUCCCGGAUGUAAAGCCGACUGACUGAAACUACUUGGACGUAUUCAUUAAUGCACACCGUAGCAAUUUGUUUUUUACCUGGAUGUUUUUCAACAAAAAACAAUUUCUUCUUGGACAAAUUCAGGUAGUCCCUUCCUGUUUCGCUUUUGUUUUCAUCCAUUUUUUUCUCUAGUGAAUACCAUAAUUCAUUGGAAAGUCUGAACAUUCCCAAAGCAUUGUGCAGUGUAAUAUCAUUCCCUCAAGAUAAUGCAGGAACAACUAACUCGCUGUGAAAGUAUUUGCACUCAAUAUUUGAAAAUGACUCUCUUCUAUUCGUAUUCACUCAGGGAAAACGAAUUGUGGUUGGAAAUAAAUGUUAACAGUGCAUUUUUAUAUUUUGUAUCUUGUGAGCAUUUCUAGACUUUCUUUGUGCACAUACUUUUCUUUGACCAUUUCAGUUAAUUUAGAUGACUUAAGUAUUAACUUUAAUAUGGACAGUUUUGCAUUUGUUCGUUUCACAGUACUGAACAGUAAAAACUAAUUUUGCAUGGACUGUUUCAGGUUCCCAUCUUUCAGGGAAACACUACACUGGAAUCUGAUUUACUGUUCCUUAUUUCCUAUAAUUCAUUGGUUAUUUAUUUUAGUUAAGCUAAGAACUUGCUUUAAAUUAUAUUUUUUAUAGAACAUGUUUGUUUUUGUAAAUCAUUAUUGGCAUAGAUUUUAGUUCAAACUAUAGAAAACUGUUUUGUGGUAGGGUUUAAAUACUGAGUUUUGUCCCCCUAACUUUCUCACCUCUGCUUUUGUAUUUGCUAUCGUGUAUAUUUUCUAUAUGUAAAAAUAAAUUCACUGUUUUAAUA